AUGGCGGAGUGGGAUCUCACACAACGAAUUAUGCCGCACCUGGACCGCCAUCUGGCUUUCCCACUACUGGUUCAUCUUGCCGAAACGCCACUUUUUGCGGUGAAGGACAUUCAGCUUGCGCAGUAUGAACUUGCCAAAGGGACCAACAUGCUCGACUAUGCUGUCAACCUCUUCCAACAACUACAUCCUGAUCAAGACGUCCCUCCUGAAUUCGAGGAAAAACGACGCAACACGUUAUUAACUCAUGAACGCCUGCGAGAUGAAGCACAAGCCGUGCUUGAUGUAAUCGAGAAUCCAGACGUCGCUCAAGCGCUUCGCCAGGACAAAGAACACAACCUCCAGUACUUGAAAGAUAACUACAAUCUAACUCUCGAACAAAUUACGGCUCUCUAUCAUUUUGGGCAAUUCCAGUUUUCAUAUGGCAACUAUAGUGGUGCUGCCGACUACCUUUAUCAUUUCCGUGUGUUGUCAACGGAUACUGAGCUCAAUACCUCCGCUCAAUGGGGAAAGCUUGCCUCAGAUAUUCUGUCCGGUAAAUGGGAUGCCGCUCUCCAAGAACUCGACACGCUUCGAGAUUCGAUUGACUCUCGAGCACUACCAGGACCUGCUAUCAAUCAGCUACAUUCCCGGACGUGGUUACUUCACUGGUCACUAUUCGUCUAUUUCAACCACCCAUCUGGUCGUACCCUUCUCCUCGAAACUUUCCUGUCCCCCGUCUACCUCAACACAAUCCAAACGGCAUGUCCAUGGAUACUACGUUACCUAGCUGCUGCCGCUGUCCUCUCCCGCUCCCCUCCGCCAGGUGCCUCCGCGCGUGUGCGCUCUGCCAUACGUGAAAUCAUCAAGGUUGUUCAAAUGGAGGAGUACCAAUAUCAGGACCCUGUCACCUCGUUUCUAAAAGAGCUCUACCUCGAAUUUGACUUCGAGGCUGCUCAACAGCAACUCAGUCUCGCAGAGCAGGUACUUAGCGAUGACUUCUUCCUCAAUGAUUUCACCGCCGACUUCCUUGACAACGCUCGUUAUCUCAUCAGCGAGGCCUAUUGCAGAACCCACCAAAAAAUCGACAUUCGUGAUCUUUCCCAACGACUAAAUCUCUCAGCCGAUGAGGGUGAAAAAUGGAUCGUGAAUCUAAUCCGCGAGUCACGAAUGGGGGCUGACGCUAAAAUUGAUUUGGACAAGAAUGUCAUCGAGAUUUUCCGGCCAGCAGCGCCAGUAUAUCAAGCUGUCAUCGACAAAACUCGCGGUCUUCAUUUACGGACUUCGGGUUUGGGGACAGCCAUCUCUCGAAUGGGUGCUGGAGCGCUCCCAGUAACUGAAGCUGUUCGUUGA